AUGUCCCUAAACGAAUUUUUAGGGGAUGCCACAUUUGGUUCCUGGGCAGACGAAAUGGAGGAUUUUCCCACUGCUCCCGCUCACAGAGCUGGUGGCGAAGAAUCGAGGGGUACAGCGCUUAGUCGUGCGCCUGAUCGUGCCGAGCGAUCUUACCCAGCAAGAGAAGAACUUCCUCUUCCGACCCAACCACCAUAUACCGCAUUUGUUGGCAAUCUUACCUUUGAUAUGACCGAAAGACAACUCGGUGACCAUUUCAGUCCUAGCGAGGCAAGUCGGCGACCUGUCAAUCUUGAACCAGUACUAAUAGAGUUGGGUUUACAGAUUAAAUCUGUGAAAAUCAUAAAGGACAGAGAAGACAAACCAAAAGGCUUUGGCUACGUAGAGUUUGAGACUCUGGAUGGACUCAAGAGUGCCCUCGAAAAGUCGCAAAGCAAUUUGGCCGGUCGCAUGAUCAGGGUAAGCGUAGCAGAUCCACCUAAGGAAAGGGAGGGUAGACCGUUCGGGGACCGAGGCUCAUCUGGAGCCUUUGAUGACGAUCGCCAAUGGCGUCGGGAGGGACCGUUACCCCCAGCUGAGGAUAGAAGAGGUGGAUUCGGUGGUAGCAGAGGGUUCGACCGCAGUGGUGGCAACCGGUUUGGAGACAGUGGUGAAGGUGACAAGGAUCGAGGAGAACGUAUGGGAUUCGGAUCGAAAUUUCAGUCACGAGAACCUGCGCCUCCCUCCAUUGCAGAAGAGACAAGCGACUGGAGAAGCACCAUGAAAGCUCCUGCACCACCGCCACAACAGGAUAGAGGGAGCAGAAUGGGAGACCACUUCGGUGCCGACGGAGCGAGGCGUCGAGGCUCUGGAGCUGGCGGCCCCAGAGGCUACGACUCUCCGAAACUUGGUCCGGCUGAUCUGGAGGAGAAGUGGACGAUUGGUAGUCGCUUCAAGCCAUCGCAGCCUUCUCCAGAGCGCGAAGGUGGUGCGCCUUCCUUUACUCGCAAGUUUAGUAACGCCACCAGGCCCGAGCCUCAACCGGAUGCGUCAGAUGAAGUCCAAGACUGGAGGAGUGCGCCACGAAAGAUUGUUUCUGGCCCUCCACCGUCAGGACCUCCUGGAAGAGGCUCAAUGGAUAGAGGACCAAGUUCCGCCGCACCUCCAGCCAGGCGAAAGCUCGAGCUUUUGCCGAGGACCGGUGGUGAUACGAUGAGUCCAUUGGCAAGCCCAAAGUCUGGUGAAGCAACACCAGCCUCCGCGACAGCCACAAAACCUAAUCCCUUUGGUGGAGCUAGACCUGUGGAUGCCGCCGCUCGCGAGCGCGAAAUCACAGAGAAGAUGGAGCGAGCCAAGCUAACAUCCACACCUCUGCAAUCUAACGCCACCUUGGGAUCUCGACCCACUUCGCGGCAGGGUUCUAGAGCAGGUUCCCGACAAGGUUCACCUACCCGAUCACCCCGAAGCUCAGGCCUAGGUUUGGGUGGUAUGAACAACCCUUCAACUCCGAAUGCACCAAAAAUACUUCCUCGUUCGUCCGGAAAUGCUCCUAUGGGACGCCCAGGAGGUCAUGGAAGGGCUCCUAGUGUUACUAUGAGCCCCAAGCGCGGACCGAGCUCCGCUGGUGAGUGGAGACGAGAUUCGACAGGACCUGGACUCUCCUCAUCACAGACGAACAGCGAGGCACCACCGACGCCAACUGGACCACUUGUCGAACGAAAGCAGUCCAUCGUGCGACCUAGCUUUAGUUUUGCAAACGCAGCUGGUGGGGGAGCCUCCAAGUCGUCCGCGGGCCCUGCGAGCAAGCCUACAACAGAACAGGCACCUGAAGCCUAG